AUGUUGCACAUUGUGCCCGGCCAGGUCGAGGCCCGUGGUGUGGCUCCUGCUGAGCAGGCUGCCGACCGUGUGGUCAAGGGCCACCGCGGCUUUAGCCGUCGUGCCCAGGCUACCAACGAGGCUGAGUACGCUGGUCUUCACGACAACACGCAGUGCAGUCCCUACGGCGACAACGGUGUUACUGAGAUGAAGAACCAGAAGGACUUCCCUACGGUUAGCCAGAUUGCUAACAUCGUCCAGGGCGACGACGAGGCCCAGAAGAUCUGGAAGGAUGUCCAGGGUAUGGGCCUGAUUCCCUCGGGUGCCAAGCCCAAGACGGCUGACAACUCGGGUGGCCAGAGCAUGGGUAUCAACAUGCAGGGCUACGACAACAAGGACGACCCUGACUGUUGGUGGUCGGCCUCGGGCUGCAAGAAGCCGAAGCAGAAGGGCCUUGUGGAGGACCUCUACACUUGCCCUGAGCCGGACACUUGGGGUCUUACCUUUGACGACGGUCCUAACUGCACGCACAACGCCUUCUACGACUUCCUGAAGAAGGAGAAGCUCAAGGCUACUCUGUUCUACAUCGGCAGCAACGUCGUGAACUGGCCCUACCAGGCCCAGCGCGGUCUUGUGGAUGGUCACGACGUCUGCGUGCACACCUGGUCGCACCGCUACAUGACCACCCUGUCGAACGAGCAAGUGUUUGCUGAGCUGUACUACACCUCGAAGGUGAUUAAGCAGAUCAUUGGUAUUACCCCGAGCUGCUGGCGUCCUCCGUACGGUGACACUGACGAUCGUGUGCGUGCCAUUGCGCAGGGUCUUGGUCUCCGUACUAUCAUUUGGGAGGAAGACACGGACGACUGGAACAUCCAGCCCGGUGGCCAGAAGUCGACCCAGCAGAUUGACCAGAACUACCAGAAGAUCAUCGACAAGGCCAACAGCGAGAGCCCCAUUGUCCUCACGCACGAGAUCAACCAGAACACGAUGGACGAGUUCCAGAAGAUGUACCCGAAGAUCAAGAAUGCGUUCAAGAACGUUGUUCCUCUGACUGCCUGCCAGAACGUCUCGAAGCCUUACCCUGACAGCGACAUCAGCUACCCCGGCUUCAGUGACUUUACUAGCGGCAAGAUCAACCCCUCUGGUCUUCCGGAUGGCAACUCGAUCAAGGUGAACCCCAGUGCCAAGUACAGUCCGCAGGAGCUGUCCAAGGAGAAGAACGGUUACGGCAACCCCCAGUCCAGCUCUGGCUCGUCGGGUGGCUCUUCGAGCAGCUCGUCCAGCAGCAACAAGGAGGGCAAGAACGGCGCCGCUGGCGUUUCUAGUGCCCACGCUGCCGUGGCUGCCUUUGCUGGCGCCGCCGCUCUCUCUGCGGUUGCUCUUCUGUAA